GCAGGCAGCGGUGUGCAGCGGGGGCGGGUCCGCGCGUCCCCAGAGCCCGCCGGGACCUCGCGCUGCAGCCCGCAGACCUCCCGCACGGGGCUCGCCGAGAGCGUGCUCCUAGGAGCCUGCGACUCACCCCGGGACCCGCGAACCAGGGAGGAAUCAUCGCUCAGCCUCUUGGACCAGCGCUCGGGGCUGGCGGCAUGGGUCCAGCGGGGCGCGGGGGCAGCCCCUGCCUUCUCCCUUUACAGCUCUUCAGCCUCUGCUGGGUGCUCUCGGUGGCCCAGAGCAAGACAGUGCGAUACAGCACCUUCGAGGAGGACGCCCCCGGCACGGUCAUCGGGACCCUGGCCGAGGACCUGCAUAUGAAAGUGUCCGGAGACACCAGCUUCCGCCUGAUGAAGCAGUUCAACAGCUCGCUGCUCCGGGUGCGCGAGGGCGACGGGCAGCUGACCGUCGGGGACGCGGGCCUGGACCGCGAGCGGCUGUGCGGCCAAGCGCCACAGUGCGUGCUGGCCUUCGACGUGGUCAGCUUCUCCCAGGAGCAGUUCCGGCUGGUGCACGUGGAGGUGGAGGUGAGGGACAUCAACGACCACGCGCCGCGCUUCCCCCGGGCCCAGAUCCCCGUGGAGGUGUCCGAGGGCGCGGCCGUGGGCACGCGCAUCCCCCUGGAGGUGCCGGUGGACGAGGACGUGGGGGCCAACGGACUGCAGAGCGUGCGCCUGGCCGAGCCUCACAGCCCCUUCCGCGUGGAACUGCAGACGCGCGCGGACGGCGCCCAGUGCGCGGACCUGGUGCUGCUGCAGGAGCUGGACCGCGAGAGCCAGGCCGCCUACAGCCUGGAGCUGGUGGCCCAGGACGGCGGCCGCCCGCCGCGCUCCGCCACGGCCGCCCUCAGCGUGCGAGUGCUGGACGCCAACGACCACAGCCCGGCCUUCCCGCAGGGCGCGGUGGCCGAAGUGGAGCUGGCGGAGGACGCGCCCGUGGGCUCGCUGCUGCUCGACCUGGACGCGGCGGACCCCGACGAGGGCCCCAACGGCGACGUGGUGUUCGCCUUCGGGGCCCGCACCCCGCCCGAGGCGCGCCGCCUCUUCCGCCUGGACCCGCGCUCGGGCCGCCUCACCCUGGCAGGACCCGUGGACUACGAGCGCCAGGACACCUACGAGCUGGACGUGCGCGCCCAGGACCGCGGCCCCGGGCCCCGGGCCUCCACCUGCAAGGUCAUCGUGCGCAUCCGCGACGUCAACGACAACGCUCCGGACAUCGCCAUCACCCCGCUGGCCGCCCCGGGCGCACCCGCCGCCUCUCCCUUCGCCGCGGCCGCCGCCGCCGCCGCUCUCGGGGGUGCGGACGCGACCUCGCCCACCGGGCCCGGGACGCCGGAGGCGGGCGCCGUCUCCCUGGUGCCGGAGGGGGCGGCGCGCGAGAGCCUGGUGGCGCUGGUCAGCACCUCGGACAGGGACUCGGGCGCCAACGGGCAGGUGCGCUGCGCCCUCUACGGGCACGAGCACUUCCGGCUGCAGCCGGCCUACGCGGGCAGCUACCUGGUGGUGACCGCGGCGUCGCUGGACCGCGAGCGCAUCGCCGAGUACAACCUGACGCUGGUGGCCGAGGACCGCGGCGCGCCCCCGCUACGCACCGUGCGGCCCUACACCGUGCGCGUGAGCGACGAGAACGACAACGCGCCGCUCUUCACGCGGCCAGUCUACGAGGUGUCGGUGCGUGAGAACAACCCGCCCGGCGCCUACCUGGCCACGGUGGCCGCGCGGGACCCGGACCUGGGCCGCAACGGCCAGGUUACCUACCGGCUGCUGGAGGCGGAAGUGGGCCGUGCCGGGGGCUCGGUGUCCACCUACGUGUCGGUGGACCCGGCCACCGGGGCCAUCUACGCGCUGCGCAGCUUCGACUACGAGACGCUGCGCCAGCUCGACGUGCGCAUCCAGGCGAGCGACGGAGGCUCCCCGCAGCUCUCCAGCAGCGCCCUGGUGCAAGUGCGGGUGCUGGACCAGAACGACCACGCACCGGUCCUGGUGCACCCGGCGCCGGCCAACGGGACCCUGGAAGUGGCGGUCCCCGGGCGCACGGCAAGGGACACGGCCGUGGCGCGCGUGCAGGCUCGGGACGCGGACGACGGGGCCAACGGGGAGCUGGCGUUCGAGCUGCUGCAGCAGGAGCCGCGAGAAGCCUUCGCCAUCGGCCGCCGCACGGGGGAGAUCGUGCUCACCGGCGACCUCUCGCAGGAGCCGCCGGGCCGCGCGUUCCGGGCGCUGCUGGUCGUGUCCGACGGCGGCCGCCCCCCGCUCUCCACCACCGCCACCGUCAGCUUCGUGGUGACCGCGGGCGGCGGGCGCGGGCUGGUGGCGCCCGCCAGCGCGGGGGGCCCCGAGCGAUCUCGCCCGCCCGGCUCGCGGCUCGCGGCGUCGGGGCCGGCGCUGCAGUGGGACACGCCGCUGAUCGUCAUCAUCGUGCUGGCCGGGAGCUGCACGCUGCUGCUGGCCGCCAUCAUCGCCAUCGCCACCACCUGCAACCGCCGCAAGAAGGAGGUGCGCAAAGGGGGGGCCCGCCGGGAAGAGCGGCCCGGGGCGGCGGGCGGCGGAGCCUCGGCUCCCGGCUCCCCGGAGGAGGCUGCCCGGGGAGCCGGGCCCAGGCCCAACAUGUUCGACGUGCUCACCUUCCCUGGCAGCGGCAAAGCGCCCUUUGGCAGCCCCGCGGCCGACCCGCCCCCGCCCGCGGUCGCCGCGGCCGAAGUGCCGGGCUCGGAGGGCGGCAGCGCCACCGGGGAAAGCUCCUGUCACUUCGAGGGGCAGCAGCGGCUCCGCGGCGCGCACGCCGAGCCCUACGGUGCCUCCCCGGGCUUCGGAAAGGAGCCGGCGCCCCCUGUGGCGGUCUGGAAAGGACACUCUUUCAACACCAUCUCGGGCCGGGAAGCGGAGAAGUUCAGCGGCAAAGACAGCGGUAAAGGGGACAGCGACUUCAACGACAGCGAUUCCGACAUCAGCGGGGACGCUCUGAAAAAGGAUCUCAUCAACCACAUGCAGAGCGGACUGUGGGCGUGUACCGCCGAGUGUAAGAUCCUGGGCCACUCUGACCGCUGCUGGAGCCCGUCAUGCGGGGGGCCCAACACGCAUCCCCCACCUCACCCGCCAGCCCAGAUGUCUACAUUCUGUAAGAGCACGUCCCUGCCUCGGGAUCCUCUGCGCAGGGACCAUUACUACCAGGCCCAGCUGCCCAAGACGGUGGGGCUGCAGAGCGUCUAUGAGAAAGUGCUGCAUAGGGACUAUGACAGGACAGUCACUCUGCUCUCCCCUCCCCGUCCGGGGAGGCUCCCAGACUUGCAGGAGAUCGGGGUACCCCUCUAUCAGUCCCCCCCUGGCAGGUACCUGUCCCCAAAGAAGGAAGCCAAUGAAAAUGUGUAAUCCCACGCUGCAUGUGUUCACAACAUAUACAGGUCACUCCGAGAAGCCCCUAAGUUAUUGACUGGUUUCAGUGUUGUACAUAUAAAUAUGCAAGAUGUGCCUUAAAAUGAAGCUGUUGGAAGCUAUUUCCAAUCACAUUGGUACUGUUUGGUAUUUGCAAACAAAAAUGUAGUUAAUGUAAUUUUUAUGAAAUGUGUGCAGUAUUUAAUUUUUAUCAUGCUAUUGACUUUAAUUUCACUUGCAGCUUGCCAUUUUCUUAGUGUUUUUAACCUGUACAUUGUGUAAUGUAAUGUUUGUAUAUAAUGAAAUUUUGUUAUAUUUUUAUAUAAUAAAAGCUAAAGUGGAAGUUAUUGCCAAAGGAACUGUCUGUAAGACAAAAAAAAAAUGUGGGAAUUACUUAAAAUGGAAAUUUAUCUUUCACCUGAAACAACCUAGUGUUUGAGAAUUUUUGCCUUGCCAAGUAUACCUUGUAUAUCUUGCGUCUGUGGUAGAUUCCAAGUUCAAUGUUAUUUAAUUACUUUUGGUUUUCUGUAAACCGAACCGUGUCACUUAUAAGCACAGUAAUAAAG